GUGACAGGUUGGUUUGUUGUGUUGCGCUUACAAAUCUCCAGGGAAUCGGUGAGACAGCCUCGCUGCGGGGCGGAUAGAGAGGCAGAGUCGCAGACUGUCUGUGUUACUCGCAGGGACCACUGGCACCACCUGUCGCAGGAGCCGAUGUGCUCCCUACACUGCCCUAUGUCUUCGGUCCCCUCCACACACCGACCAGGACAAGCCCGUACAAUGGGACUGCAAUAAAGAUCUGCUGCUGCUGCCGGGAUUGUGCUGGCCGACCCUAUGCAGUGGGGCUCUGACAGGCGCGGAUAAUCCAGCGCAGCCUCUUCCGCCGAGCAUCCCGGUACCAUGAAGGACGGAGGGGAGUCCAAGGAGCAGCAGCUCACGGUUGCUCUCCGAAUCCGACCUAUAAAUGAGGCAGAGUUGGGCGAAGGAGCCACCAUCAUUGCCCACAAAGUGGAUGAACAGAUGGUGGUUCUAAUGGACCCAAUGGAAGACCCAGAUGACGUACUGAGGGCAAAUCGAUCUCGUGAAAAGUCGUAUAUGUUUGACGUGGCCUUUGAUUACACUGCAACUCAGGACACUGUGUACCGUCUUACAACCAAAGGUCUGAUUGAAGGUGUCAUCUCCGGUUAUAAUGCCACUGUAUUUGCAUAUGGUCCCACAGGGUGUGGGAAAACAUACACUAUGCUUGGGACUGACUGGGAGCCUGGAAUAUAUAUUCGCACCCUUAACGAUCUCUUUAAAGCUAUUGAGGAAACCAGCGAUGAUAUGGAAUAUGAAGUUUUAAUGUCCUAUAUGGAGAUUUACAAUGAAAUGAUACGAGACUUAUUGAACCCAUCACUGGGCUACCUGGAUCUGCGGGAGGACUCCAAAGGUGUAAUCCAGGUUGCUGGUAUUACAGAGGUGUCUACCAUUAAUGCCAAAGAGAUCAUGCAGCUCUUAAUGAAGGGGAAUAAACAAAGGACACAGGAGCCCACGGCAGCCAACAAAACCUCCUCCAGGUCUCACGCCAUUCUGCAGGUCACCGUUAGGCAGAAGAGCCGAGUAAAGAACAUCACACAAGAGGUCAGAGUGGGGCGGCUCUUUAUGAUAGACCUGGCUGGAUCCGAGAGAGCAUCCCAGACUCAGAACAGAGGCCAACGUAUGAAGGAAGGAGCUCAUAUUAACAGAUCGCUGCUGGCACUGGGGAACUGUAUCAAUGCAUUAAGUGAACGAGGCGGCAAUAAAUAUGUCAACUACCGAGACAGCAAACUGACCAGGCUGCUAAAGGAUUCAUUGGGUGGAAACAGCCGAACAGUAAUGAUUGCUCACAUCAGCCCAGCCAGCACUUCUUUUGAGGAGUCUAGAAACACACUGACCUAUGCAGAUCGUGCCAAAAACAUCAAGACACGGGUCAAGAGGAAUCUUCUCAAUGUAUCUUAUCACAUUGCUCAGUACACCAGCAUAAUAUCAGAUCUACGCAAGGAAAUCCAGCGGCUCAAGGAAAAGAUUGAUGAGCAGGGGCUGAAGCAGUUGAGAAGUGAGAAAAGUGACAUCCGCAACAUCCAAGCGGAAGUGCAGCUCCACAGUUCCCCUUAUGGCAGACACGAAAUGGAGCAGCUAAAGGAGCAGCUCAUUAGGGCAUUCCGGGAACAAAUGGACAUUCGGCGACAGCUGAUGGAGAUAGAGAACAGCUCCAUGGAGAUGCAGAUGGAGACCUCUCGGCACUUUCUCAUUAUUGCAGACUGGGAGCAGGAGAAGGCCCGCCGAGCAAGAAAGUGGAAAGAUGAACUCAGGAAGGAAACGUACGGCAAAGAUGACAGUGAGAAGGACUCAGAUACAGGCGAUGAGCAGUCCGAUAUCAUCGAACCCCCUGAGGUGACUACGGCAAGAGAAACCAUUCAAAUACUUGAAGGAGAUCAAAGCAAACUGCGCAGGCAGAAGCUGGAGCUGGAAAAGAGGUUCAGGGAUAUCCGCCAACGGGCACGGAGGCUGGAGGAGGCUCUCCCAAAGCGAAUCAGCUCCGAGGAUCAACGGGAAAUACUGAGUCUCCUGUGCAAGGUGCACGAGCUGGAGAUUGAGAAUACAGAGAUGCAGUCCCACGCCCUUCUCAAGGACAACAUGAUCCGACAGAAGAACCACAUGGUUCAGAGGUUUGAGCAACAUCGCUCGCUCUGUGACGAGAUCAUCAAACAACAGAGGAGAAUUAUCUACGAUCACAAUCUGACUGUUCCUCACCAACUGGAGGAUUUAUACGAGCUGUACUUUCGGGAGCUAGAAGAAGGGGUCCUUGACAAAGUAGCAGUCUUGGCCCUAAAGGACAGCCAGAGCUCCCUACCCAAAAUCCCAUAUCUCACAGCAGAAGAGAACCUGCAGGAGCCUGACUCAGACCAGGAAAGUGUGAGGACAUUUGGUUCUGACAAUAGGAAUCCAAUUCACCGGGAUUCCUACAAGAAUCUCCUGCCCCGAAUUCUUUCUGAGACAGAUGGCGACACAAAUAAAGUAUUUAAAACCAGCCCACGUGCCCGACAUCUUAAGAAUGGUGCUGUAGUGACUCCUCCACCAAUACAUGUGAAUGGAAUAAUCAGCAAAGAGUACCCACCACGUGACCAUCUGGUUAACAUAAGUGGCCACAUAAACUCUUCUCCUGACAGCACUGAUACCAAGGUUGCCCUGACACGCAAAGAAAAAAGGGAGAUCUCGACCAGCAUUCAGAGCAUUGCUGUAAAGGCAGCAAGGCGUCGUUCAAGGGUUCUAGAAGGCGACCGGCUGCAGCCCAUGAAAGAGAGGAGUAACCUGUCUGUUCACUCUUUGAGUGAGAGCGAGGACACCCCAUUCACUGACCAGAGGUUUCCCGGCUCAUCCCUUCAGCACGCAGCCAGCGAGGACAAUCUGUCUAGCAGCACGGGGGAAAUAGUGGCAGCCCUUGGAGGUGGCGGCAAUCACAGAGAUUCUCCAAACCUGUGGCAUCGGGCACAGAAAAAACAAGCACAAAAGCUGGAGAAGAGAGAGGAGUCUCUUGAGGUGAAGCGCAGGAAGAAAAGGUCAAGGUCAUUCGAGGUCACAGGUCAAGGGCUGGUUCGACCCAAGAACCAUAUAUCCCGUAACCGAGCCUUGGAGAGCAACUCUGACCACAAGAUCCAGUCUAACGCUCUCCAAACCAACCGCAAGAUCAUGCUGCCAAUCGCGCAGGUCAAACUCCCUCAGAAUCAGACCGGGACAGUGUUUAAAAUGGCUGAGCAGCAACACCAGACCAACCAGCCUGGGAGUGUCAAGAAGCCAAUAUCUACCAAUCAACGACCACGUUUCAAUUAUGUCAAUGCAAACACAAGUGGUGUUUAUGUGAAGGAGAUCCGUGUGCGUAAAUAUUAAAUGCUCUUGUGAACCUGGUAAAGAAGUUUCCUAUGCACGAGGAUUCAGGAUUGGCCAAGGACUGGGCAGCGUGAAAUAAACUGGACAUCUAUUGGGGCAUAUUUUUUAUUGUCCCGAAGGGGUUUCUUUUAGAUCACACAUACAGUAUAAAUAUCCUUUUUUUAAUAUGUUAUUCCUGUUGGUAUUUCCAGUCUGCAAUACAACUUAUGGAGGUGUUUCUAAGGCAUAUCCUGCCAGUAUGUGCGAGUUUGGGGUAUCCAGGGGCAUUAAGCUCUAUUGCCAGUAUAUUCCUAUCAGUGUAUUAAAGGUAAUAUAAUUAUUAUUUACCCUGUAUUCUGAACGGCUGCUGUAGAUAUUUACAAUAGAGUCACUCAUUUAAGUAUUGGUGGAAUUCAAGGGAAGAGCUAAAAGAUUCACUUUUAGUAUUUUUUAGAAAGUAGCUUUCUAAGUAACAUAAUAAUUGCUAUUUAUUUUUAUAUUUAUUAUAUACUGUUCUCUCCUGUCACGCUCCCUGUUCAUAGGGUCAGUGAACUUGUUCUUUGUCUAUGGGAUAUGCUCCUGUUCUAGACUACUAUUUAUCUGCAGUUACUUAGACCUCUACUUUCUACAGUUUACCUCAAGGUAAUUUUUAGGUGCUCCUCUGCUUUGGGCAAUGACACAAGGGGUAGUUUCAGUUCUUUUGCACCAAAAUACCCCUUUACUACAUGUACUGCCUAUCUGUCAGCCCAAAAAUACCCAAAAAGCUCUUUCACAUGCACUUUUUUAAACAUGCAGUGGGCAAAAUGUCCCAAAUAGCCCUCUAUAAAGUUCAGUAGUUCUCUCAAAGCGACGCAGGCAUGGCACAGGCAGAACGAACUAGAACAGUUGCCAUAUCAUUAUGGUGUUAAUUCCUUCCUGCCCUUCCCUAGUAUAUCCUGAAAUACCCAUAUGCACUACAUUUAUAUGAGAUAACAUUCAGAGAGUAUACCACUCUAGGCAUGGCAAGUAGAUCAGAUGACAGGAUCAGGAAAUAGCAUACAAAUAUUAUUACUAUGCAAUAUCAUUUUCUUUCAUGGCACAGGAGGCAGGUCUUGGGACAGAGUUUUUUUAUUUCUUGAUUGAAUUUUCCAAUAAACACGAAAUAUUCCAAACUUCCAAUCUCUAAUCCAGGAUAUUCAUAUUCCAAAUCUAGGGUUGAUAGUUAAAGCCUGUUCAUUGUAGAACAUGUUUGUUUGGUAACAACAGAAAUUCUGGAAGAGAGGUUUGAGUAAAUACUGUGCAGUUUGAUUAUAACCUUUGUGUGUAUUUUUAUGAGGAAUAUAGAUUAAAGCUGUGGUCUCCCAAUAAGGGCUGUAGAUUGCUACAAAAGUUCAUAUGGCUAAUAAUUUGCCAGACCCUGUUUUGACCAAGUUGUUUAGACCCUAUAAAGUGCAAUGAUGUAGUUCUAUGGGAUGUCCUGAUGGCUACAAGGGCAGACACUUAUUGUCUAAUGAUUUUUUAGCCCAUUUUUCCCUGCUUGGGUCGGAGCAAACACAUAAUGGAUAGCAGAGGUGCACAACGGCAGUGCCUAGGAAAGAAUACUGUCUCAUAAAUCCAGUAACUAUUUGCCCUAUUGUUAUGCCCUUCUUUCAAUAUUCUGGUGACUGUAUUUCAUGUGAAAGAAGGGACCACAUAUGAAAAAGUGGAUAACUGGCCUACGGCAUGGAAAAUUAUAGAAAGCACUGAUUUAAGUAAUGGACUUAAGCAAUAAACCAUUACUUUCUAUAUAGUUGUGACUUUCCAAUGAGUGCAUUAUUUGUUGUUUUGUAUAUAUAUAAUUAAUUCCCGACACCAAUUCAGACAAAACAUAUGUGCACAUCCUUAGCCUCACAAGUGCAUAAAACAGAUACAAUGUGCCCAGCUGAUCUCAAAAAAGACCUUUCACCACUUAUGCCCAAGUAACCGGCCUAAUAUUCCAGCAAUUGAACAUUUUAGAUGAGCAUUUAGUGCCAGAAUCCAACUAGUAUUGAGAAAGGCAAAUAAGUAUAGCCAUACAAAGUUGUUUAUUACAGACAGUUUGGGAAUCACAAUUCCACACUACAUUAGACCCCUGCAAAGUUAAUUCAUGAAAGUAAGCACUUUUACAGCCCCCAGAGGGGAGGUUUGGGAAAAAUGUCUUAUUUACCAGACUUUAGUGUCAUGGGUCCAAGUCUGUGCCUAAGUCUGAAUUUGUAUUAUUUGUACUGGUGUUCUUGUCUUCUGUCUUUUUAUAUAAAUUAAUUGUAAUAAAACGAUGAUUUAAAUUC